AUUUAUUGACUCGAUAUAAAAUGCUGGAUAUGGUUGCUUUUGUUGACCCUUCAAUGAUCGGUGCAAUCCGGUACGGGGAUGGUCAUGCCCAGUCCCAGCAUAUCAAGGAUAGGCUUUUAACGGCAAAACCAAACCAGAUUUUCUUGCUGCCUUAUAACGCAGAUAAUCAUUGGAUGCUUACUGUUGUGAAUCCGGAGGAAGACACCGUCUAUUUCAUGGAUCCAUUGAAGAGGCGGUUACCCACUGGAGAAUGGAGAUCAAUUGUUGAUACUGCCAUUGCUAUGUAUAAUGCACACAGAGGCAAGAAAGGCAGGAGUUUAGUUUUGUGGAAGAAUUUAGCGGUAAGUAUGUUUGAGCUAGGUUGGAAUUGA